CACUUAGAUCCCACGUCACCUACAAUGGAUUCAGAUAUACUGAAGAUUGAAGAAAUUGUUAUGGGAGGUGGGGAAACUGCUGCUUCGGCUGAAUUGGCUCCUGAAAACACAGAGGAGCCUGCGUUCACUACAAUUAUCAUUCAAGAUCCUCCAGCUGCUCCUGUCAUGCAGUCAUAUCAGCAUGAGAGCCUGCAGUGUUUCCAGUGUUUCAUCACCUUCUGUAAUUCCAAAGCCAAGGAAAGACACAUGAAAAAGAGUCACCGUGAAGAAUACAAGCAGCAGCUCCAGCAGUGUGAUACACUUUUCACGUGCUACGUCUGCGACCGCACGUUCCCGUCUUCAGAGGAGCUGACCCAGCACCAAUCAACUCACAACAAGGAGGACAAACCUUUCAAAUGUCCACACUGCCAGGAGAGCUUCCGCACAUUUUCUGAGUUGACGACACACCGGCGGCAUGUAUGUCCAGAGCGGCAGUUUGCCUGUAAAGAGUGUGGCGAAACUUUCCGAAGCCCAGCUCUUCUGCGUAAUCAUCGUCUUGCCCAGCACCCGGUGCGACAGGAAGGGGAGGACCAGGAUGACCCCACUAAGACCCACCGCUGUGGCAAAUGUGGCCGAGGGUUCGAGACAGAGGCGGAGCUCCUCCAGCAUCAGGAAAACCACGCCGGCGACCAGAACUGCAACGGGAGCGCCCCAGCCAAGAGGCGCGGGAGGCCCCCAAAAGCAGAGGACGCAGCCGUCACGGACAAGAAAGCGAAGCGGAGGAAGAAGAAAGAGGAGGCCGAAGAGGGAGACGAGCCCGCGGAGAACAACGCCGAAAAGCCCAAAGCAGGGGGUGGCAGGCGGGGUCGACCCCCAAAGCCCAAAGCGGAGGAGGUGGCGGAGGAGGAGAAAGACGAGAAGGAGGAGAAAAAGCCCAAGGCUGCUCCUCCACCUCCUCGUCAGCACCCCUGCUCUGAAUGUGACCUCACUUUCCAGGCUUUAGCACAGCUCCGCGCCCACAAGAAGGAGAAGCACACCCAGCGCAAAGCGCACCCCUGCGGAGAGUGCGAGGAGAGCUUCAAUCGUCCCGAGCAGCUCCAGACACACAUGACCAGGGCCCACAGCGCCGGCAGAUACGCCUGCCCCACCUGUGGCAAGAGCUUCGGCAGAGAGAGCAACCUGAAGUCUCACCAGCAGACCCAUGGCAAAGAAGAGGAGAAGCCAGCAGGCAGGGGGAAGAGAUAAUUCGUCAGAAGGAAGGGAAGGAAAAGGGAUGAUGGGGCAGAUUUUUUUGUUGUUGUUGUUGUUUUUCCAAGGUGGGCUUAGUUUUGAGGGGGGUGGGGAAAAAAUAGCAAUUUGCUUCAGUUCAGAUUUUGGUUGUGAUUUGGGUAAGAUCCAAAAAUUGACCGCCUUUUUUUAUUUGGUUUUUUUUUGGGUUCGUUUUUAAAGAAUGUAAGACUGAUGAUGUAUGGUUAAUGGACGGUUUUAUAUUGAAACUGGAAAUCACUAAUGAAUUUGCUUUCGAGAGCUGAAAAAGAGGGCCAUUAGCUAGGCGUUGGAGCAUUUUCUUCUUUUCUUUUUUUUUUUAAAAAUGUGGUCACAAUAUCUGUGCAAAACCAGACAAAAUAAUGCAUUGUAAUUUACCCACAGCAGGAUCGGACAGCCAAGUCAUUACUACCACCAACCAUCUCACACCAGUAUCUUGCAGGGCACGACCCUACAUAUGAGCCCAUACUAUAGGUAGUGGCUUUGACUCUGUUUUUAUUGGAAUAUUUUAAUGUCUUUUUUUAUGAAUAUCAUGGUUGAGUGUUAUUGUUUUUACAUUAUUUUUAGAUGUAAGUGUGUGGGCGGGUGGGUGAGAUUUACAUUAUGGCAUUCUUG